GUGCAAUAUAUCAAUCUGUGAUGUCAAGUAAAAGGUUAUCAGUAGAUGUUAAUUCUGGUACUGAAUGCUUGAGGAGUACGGUAAACAUGGAAAAAGUUGGCAAUUCAUUUGAAUCACUUGAAAAUGCUGAUCAAGUUUUGGCUGAAUUUGGUAUUCAUCAGCGAUAUGUUUUAUUGAUUACAAUUUUUUUAUCAAUUGAUUGGGCAAUAGCUUCAAUAUCAGUAAUGCAUGGUAUAUUUAUUAUUGAUGAUAAUGAUGAUGCUAUGUGCUUCUCAAAUACAACAAAUCUUGGUAUCAAUGGAAAUAACAUAAAUAUAUGUAUGGAAAAUUCUCGAACAAUAACACCAGUCUCUGAGUUUAAUUUACGUGGUAAUCAACGAUACCUGCUAGAAUGGACCACUUCAGCUUUUAUGCUAGGAAAUAUGAUCGGUGCUAGUACGCUUACAUAUUUAUCAGACAAAAUUGGACGACGUCCAGUGUUAAUUUCUAGCCUAUUAUUGCUUGGAAUUUUUGGUGCAUUAACUUCAUUAGCUGAAAGUAUUCGUACAUUUAUUAUUGGACGUUUCAUACAAGGUUUUUGCUCUCCGGGUGUAUUAUUGGUUGGUUGGGUGUUAGGUUAUGAAAGUGUACCAAUUGGAUUACGUGGUUUUAUCACUUUGAUGUAUGGUGUAAUGUGGGUAAUUGGUUUUUGUGCGGUAGCACCACUUGUCUAUUUCAUUGUUCAUUGGCGAUGGGUAAUGGUUGCAUAUUCGGUACCUUCCAUAGUUCUCGCUGCUAUAUACUUUUUUACUAUUCCGGAAAGCCUUCAUUUCUUGAUAGUAAAUGGACGAAAGAAAGAAGCUGCAAAAUGGAUCCGGAAUGCGGAAAAGUAUGGAAAGGUUUUGCAUAAAAAAAAUGUUGAUAUGAUGGUGGAACAACUUGAGAAUACAUGUUUAGAUGGCAGGAUGCAUGAAAGUAAAAGGGAAAUGACGGCGAAUUUAAGACCAUCAUUCGUGGAACAAUUAAUGCAGCAUAAAAUUUUCUGUGUUUACACAUUAAUCUUAAUUUAUCUCUGGAUUAGUGAUACAUUCCUUUAUUAUGGCUUAUCAAAUUACAGUAUUCAUUUACCAGGAAAUAAAUACUGGAACUAUAUAUUAUCAGGUUUAGCCGAAUUACCAGCAUAUAUAACUAUACCGUAUGCACUUGGAAAUUUUGGACGCAAACGAAUUGUUGCAUUUAUGCAUUUCCUUGUUGGAAUAUCACAUAUAAUUAUUAUAUUUGUGCCUAACAAUUUCGUUUGGUUAUCGAUUUUAUGUUGGCUAAUAUCAAAAUUUGGAAUUUCAUCAUCAUUUAUGUGUAUUUAUGUUUAUGGAAGUGAAAUAUUUCCAACAACAAUACGUAAUAUUUGUUUAGGUUUAUGUGCUGUAAUCGCACGAUUUGGUGGUGUUAUUGCGCCAUAUGUUAAUUUAUUGAGUUCAAUACAUGCAUUAUUACCAACCAUACUAUUUGGAACAAUAGCUAUAACAGCCGGAAUUUUAACAUGUAUUUUACCGGAAACAAAAGAAUGUAUAUUACCAUCAUCAUUGGAUGAAGCAGUACAAGUCAAACAUCACUUAUCUAAAUCAUCAGCAUUUCUGGAACAAUCUAACCUACCAACAACAUCAUCAACUAAUCAAUUUGAUUUAUAG